AUGGAUAUUUCCCAUAAUUCUUCCCAUAAUAAUGUCCAACUUUUCUCAGAUCAUACGCAAUCGGAUAAAGUAAAGAUUUGCUUCAAUAUCCCUCCUUUGAUGCAUUCUGAUGGCAUUUUUGAACACCCAAAAUCUCCAGAGAAAUUUCUAACUUACGCGUUGCCACUUCUAGAAUUGCAGUUGACUCUCAUCAUCUUCACCACAAAUGUAUUAUAUUUCAUUCUCAAGCGUAUUGGAAUCACCAUGUUCAUCUGCCAAACAGGUAUAAUUCUUGGUCCUACAUUGUUUGGAAGAUUAGAGUUUAUGAGACGAGUAGUUUUCCCCCUGGAAAGCCAACCGUUUCUCACUUCAGUAGGAUUACUUGGAUUUUCAAUCCACAUAUUCUUGAAUGCAGUGAAGUUGGAUUUGGGAGUUGUGGUCAGAAGUGGAAAAAUAGCUAUGAUAAGUGGUGCUUUAUCUGUCAUUACUCCAAUAGUAUGUGGUAUGGGUGUGUUAAUACCAUAUAAGGAACAUUUACUAGACAAAAGGUCAUUCACUUCAGCUUCGACCGUGGUAUUCCUAAAUUGUUACUCUACAUUUUCUUUCAUUGUUCGUGUCCUGGAAGAACUCAAACUUGUGAAUUCAGAACUCAGUUAUAUAGCACUAUCUUCAUCAUUGACUAGUGAUGUAGUUGGGAUGGGUGUUGUAUUUUUUUCUACCAUAGCUCGUCAAAAAAUGUCAAUCAGAGAAGUUAUGACAGAUGUGUCAGGAAUGGUUGGCUUUUGGAUUGCUGGAAUCUUCAUUUUUCGGCAAUUGGUUAUGAGGGAGAUCAGAAAGACUCUUCCUGGCUUACCUUUAAAUUCUUCCUUCAUUUAUUUAAUCUUGGCAUUGAUGGCAGCAUCUCAAGUAUAUUACGUUUUCUUCAUUAAUAUACAAUGCUUGGGGGCUUUUAUCUUUGGAUUACUGAUCCCAGCUGGACCGCCAUUAGGAUCUGCUUUAGUAGACAAGCUUGAAAGUUUCACAAUUGGAAUCCUUUUGCCUAUAACAGUUUCCGCAGGAGUAAUGAGAGCAGAUCUAACCCUCAUCUUUACUGAAUUUGCAAAAGCAGAAUUCUACAUUGCAAUCAUAUUUCUGUGUUUUGGAUCCAAAUUGGUCGGAUGUUUGAUACCAUCAUUAUGUUGGAAAAUACCCUUAAUUGAUUCUGUGAUUUUUGCUGUAAUUAUGACCAGCAGAGGUCUCAUCGAGAUAAUAAUUUACACACUUGCAAUAGAUUUCAUGUUGAUAGAAGAAGUGGUUUUCUCCACCUUGAUUUUAUGCUUGUUAAUGAAUGCAAUCUUUGUUGCAAUAGUUGUGAAGAAUCUUUAUGACCCAUCAAGGAAAUAUGCAGGCUAUCGAGCAAGGAACAUUAUGAGCUUAAAACCUAACUCAGAGCUUAGAAUUAUGGCAUGUAUUCACAAACCUGAGAAUGUAACUACAAUCACUAGACUUCUUGAUGCUUUUCACCCUCACAAAGACAGACCUAUUGGAAUUCAUAUCCUUCAUCUCAUUGAGCUAGCUGGUAGAGCCAGUCCACUCCGUAUAUGCCACCUAAAGCAGAAGCCAGUAUCUGAGUCUUGCUCCCAUAAUGUCAUCUUUGCUUUCAAUCAGUAUGAACAAAACAAUUGGGAUUCUGUAUCUAUUAUUUCCACUUAUACAACAAUAUCUCCUAUCAAUUUAAUGAAUGAGGAUAUAAGUAUACUCGCCCUUGAAAAGCUUGCCUCCCUCAUAUUACUCCCCCUCCAUAAGAGAUGGAAUAUCCAUGGAGAUAUUGAAGCUGAAGACCAAAACUUAAGGGCCGUAAAUAUCAAGGUCCUUGAGAAAGCUCCUUGCUCUGUGGGAAUUUUUUACGAUCGCGGCAAGCUUGGUCGCUUAUCUCCACCAGUAGGAUCACAAGCGCGGAUAUUUUCAAUUUGUAUGAUCUUUUUAGGGGGUAAAGAUGAUUUUGAGGCCUUGUCUUUAUCUAGACGUAUAGCCAAGCACUCAAAUACUUGCUUAACAGUCAUCAGUUUCCUUCCAGAGGAUGAUCGACUAAUCCAUUAUGAAGAAAGAAAGCUAAACUCUCUAGUAUUGGAGGAUAUCAAGGAAAACAGUGGAUUUCGAUCCAAUAUAACAUACAAAGAACUUGUAGUUAAGGAUGGACCACAAACAGCAUUGAUUAUACAUUCAAUAAUGAAUAAUUAUGAUCUUUUUAUAAUUGGAAGACGUUGGGGCAUAGAAUCCCCUCAAACUGCUGGUUUAUCAGAUUGGACUGAGCUUCCAGAGUUGGGGAUCAUUGGCGAUCUACUUGCCUCUAAAGAUGUCCAAACCAAAGCUGCUGUAUUGGUGGUGCAACAACAAAAACACAUGAAAUGA